AUGCAGGUGGGCGCAGGGGGUCACCCCGGUCUGCAGCAGCCGAGACCGAGGGCGAUGAGGGAGUUGGGGCGGGAACUUCUAGGCAAUGGGGGAGGCUGCAGUGAAAAAUGCCAAAUGAAAAUUCAUGAUAGGGAAUGGUCUGUGAAGGAUCCAAAUGAAGAUACUGAAUGGAAUGACAUACUGAGACAAUUUGGAAUUCUUCCCCCAAAAGAAAACCCGAAAGAUGAAAUUGAAGAAAUGGUUUUACGCUUGCAGAAGGAAGCAGAAGUGAAACCAUAUGAAAGAAUGAAUCUUAAAGAAUUAGAGGAAGCUGAAGAUGACUUUGAUGAGGCUGAUAGGGAAGCUAUUGAAAAGUACAGGCAGCAACGCUUGCAAGAAUGGAAGUGUCUUCAGAGGAGGCAGAAGUAUGGGGAGCUAAGAGAAAUUUGUGGAGAGCAGUAUGUAAAGGAAGUGACAAAUGCUCCAGAAGAUGUUUGGGUUAUAAUUCAUCUUUAUCGGUCAAGCAUCCCAAUGUGUUCACUGAUUAACAAAUACCUCAGCCUGCUGGCCAGAAAGUUUCCAGAAGUCAAGUUUCUCAAGGCUGCUGUGAACAGCUGCAUUCAGAAUUACCAGGACAGCUGUUUACCCACACUACUUGUAUAUAAAACUGGUGAAAUAAAAGGCAGGUUCAUCGGAGUAGUUCAAUGUGGAGGAAUGUAUCUUAAAGUAGAAGAGCUCGAAUGGAAACUAGCUGAAGUUGGAGCAAUAGAAACUGACUUAGAAGAAAACCCAAAAAAGGGCAUUGUGAAUAUGAUGACACUUUCAGUGCAAAAUAUUCCUGCUCAUGAAGCCACCAAUGCAAAAAGCAGUGAUGUGAUGAAACCACGUAUUACAUGA